CCCCGGGAGCCCACCAGAGACCUGGAGAGCACGCGCAUCCCAGCCACAGCGGCCGGGGACCCCGCGAGGGCCCAGUGUGGGAGCGCGUGGAGCGCUGAGUGCCCUCUGGUGGUGAAGUGGAAUCAACACCGUGCAUGACCUGAGAUGCCCACUCUCGAUCACGUGGUAGCCGCUGGCAGCAAGGGGCCAGCUGAAGAAUGUCUGGUGUUCAAAUAUGACUAUUGAAAGAACCUAACUGAAACGCCCCUCGCUUCUACUGGAAUCUCUCUUCGACCCUGGGUUUGGAGUCCGGCGGCAGCUCUGAGAUGGGGCCUCUGAAGGAAAAACUUCAGUUGUUUCUGCAUCCUUGCCAGGGAGUAGCCGCAACUGAGUAGGCGCCCGUGGAGGGGGCAUGUGGUGACAUGGAGCUGGAAAUCAACUGCUCUGAAUUCUGCGACAGUUUUCCUGACCAGGAGCUGGAUCGGAGACCCCUCCAUGAUCUUUGCAAGACAACCCUUAUUGACUCACAAGACAGCGGUGCAGGCGUCUCUCCGCUGUCUCCCGCCCUCUUGGGGGUUGUUUGGACUUUUCUCAGCUGUGGAUUACUUCUGGUGCUUUUCUUUCUUGCUUUCACAAUUCGCUGCAGGAAGAACAGGAUUGUGAAGAUGUCCAGCCCCAAUCUGAACAUUGUGACCUUGCUGGGCAGCUGUCUGACUUACAGUAGUGCCUACCUUUUUGGGAUUCAAGAUGCUUCAGUGGGGAAUUCAAUGGAAGCGCUCGUUCAGAUGAGACUGUCCAUGCUAUGCAUUGGGACAUCCCUUGUGUUCGGCCCUAUUCUGGGGAAGAGCUGGCGACUCUACAAGGUUUUCACCCAGAGGGUCCCCGACAAGAGAGUGAUUAUCAAAGACCUGCAGUUGCUGGGGUUGGUGGCAGUCCUGGUGGUGGCUGAUAUCAUCCUGCUUGUCACGUGGGUGCUGACUGAUCCCAUCCAGUGCCUCCAGAUCCUUGGUGUGAGCGUGAAGGUAACAGGGAGAGAUAUGUCCUGCUCUUUGACCAACACACACGCCUGUGCUUCGCGGUACUCCGAUGUCUGGAUUGCUCUGGUUUGGGGAUGCAAGGGGCUGCUGCUGCUGUACGGUGCUUACCUGGCUGGCCUGACCAACCAUGUCAGCUCUCCUCCGGUGAACCAAUCCUUGACCAUCAUGGUCGGAGUCAACCUCCUGCUGCUCACUGCGGGCCUGAUUUUCGUGCUCACCAAAUACUUGCACUCCUGGCCCAAUCUAGUCUUUGGAUUCACAUCUGGAGGGAUCUUCGUUUGCACAACCACUGUGAACUGCUGUGUGUUCCUUCCCCAGCUGAAGCAAUGGAAGGCAUUUGAAGGAGAAAACCAAACAACCCAACGCAUGGCCAAGUAUUUCAGCACUCCUAGCAAACCCUUCCACAGCCAGUUUGAUGAGGACCAGAACGGCCACCUGAGGGAUGAGAAGAGCUGCAUGGAGAGGCUUCUCACAGAAAAAAACGCAGUAAUCGAAAGCCUGCAAGAACAAGUCAACAACGCCAAGGCGAAGAUAGUAAAGCUGAUGUCUUCGGAGUGCUCCUACGACUCCCCGGAGUGGACUGUCCCACAUGCAGCCUCGGCCCAUGGGCUGGCAGUUCAGGGACCUUCAGAACACCCCACUGCCUCUGAUAAUGCUGUCGGUGCAGCUGCCGAGGACUCCCUGCAUGCCUCGGUGGCCUCCCAGUACCUGAAAAGCCCUGGGGCAUCUAAAAGGGAUGAUAGUCCUUCCCGAGACCAAAAGGAUAACGUGACUUUGAAACAGUUCUGUGAUCAUUUGGACAGAGGUUGCAGCCCGAAGCCACAGGCUGAACAAAGUGAGGGUCCAGAAAGAGGUGAUCAGGGACCCAUGACACCCAGCCAGAGUUUCAUGCCUGAUGGACUGGGGUGUGACCCCCAUAGGCCCAAGCAGAAUUCAGAGGAAGUCCCAGAGAGGCCACCUCGGGUCAGUUCAGUGGUCAGAGAGAAGCUUCAGGAAGUCCUACAGGAGCUGGACCUGGGCCCCGAGGCUUCCCUUUCCCCACUACCUUGUUCCCAACAGCUUUGGAAGAGCACCACUUCCCGCACUCCUCAGAAGCUGUCCCCAUCUAAACUGGGUUUCAGCCCAUAUGUGGUGAGGAGGAGACGGGCAGCCCAGCGGGCUCGCUCCCAUAUCCCUGCUUCCGUGGCCCUCAAUAUGGGGCAACAGGCAAAUAGGGCGGUUUCUGGUGCGCAAAGCGGGCUGGUUGAGCAGAGCCGGGAGAGCCCCAGGCUGGACCACCAAAAUGCGAGGUCCAAGGUACCACGGUCCUCUUCUGUAAAACUGUCACCACUCACAGAUCCUCCCCAAAGACGGAGUGCCCUAGAGGAUAGCAAGCGAUGCCAGCCCGAGCCUCAGGGGGCUGGAGGAUGCGAUGUAAGCGUUCCCUGCCAACCUUCCGCUUUUGCCCCACGCCCACCGUCUUCACCAGGUCUGCCCAGGCACCGUCAGUCUCGACUCCUAGCGUCCCCUGGAUAUCCUGCCUUGUCCUCUGGGUGCUACAACCUGGACAGUGAGUCCAGCAGCUCGGACGAAUUCUUUUGUCGCUGCCACCGGCCCUACUGUGAACUCUGCUUCCAGAGCUCUUCAGACUCUGGUGACAGCGACACCUCAGACAGUGACCUUGAGCAGGCUCCGGGACGAGCCUCCUGGGAAAAGCUGUGGUCCCGCUCCAAGCCUGUUGUGAACUUUAAAGAUGACUUGAAGCCCACACUAGUGUGAGAAGCAGCAAGGUAGGGCUGGCCAGAGGCCAGCCUGGGUCCCCUAGAAACAGGAAAUCGUGGCAGGAGAGCUAGAUCUGUCUUCGAGGACCAGAUCGGCGCCAGCCUUGACCAACCUCUGCUGGGUUUCUGCUGUGUUCACUCUUACUUUGAAGAUGUCUCAGUCUAUGAAAAGAAGGGCAUUGUCCACCCCGCUACUACCUCAGCAUUCCUGUGAAGAGCUUUGGUGAAGGACUGUAGACCUCCUUACCCUGAAGGUGCUAAAUGAGCAGACAGAGCUGUCCAUUCAACUCAGCCUGGAUUCUACGAAACUCUGAAUGUAUACCAAGUGGCUAGCUGGCUGGAUGGACAGAAAGAUGUGUUGAUGGAUGGGAAAAUUCUGCAGAACCACUGUGACCCACCAAAUUAGCCUUUCAGUGACCAGACCUGCCAGGUAGAUAAGCCUACACUGUUAUCUGUCCAACCCGUAGGAAGGGUGACUUGCUUGCUGCUGAAGGCCAUAAGCAUCACUGAUUCAGGGUUCUAGCUUCUGGUUCAAGUCAGUUCAGCACUUCCUACCCUGCUUCUUCCUGUCCAGCCACUAUGGUGGUGCCUCACUCACCAUGAUCCCCAAUAGUUUCCUAACAUGUGCCCAUAGUCUUCUCAAUGGGCUCAAUAGUACCCGUCUCUUACUGCUUCCUAGUGACACUGUGUUCUAUGCGAACACAGCAGCAGUCUGUGCUGGGAGACUUAUUACUCAAAAUGGGGAAAUAGAAAAGAAGAA